UUCAACAAAAAUUUAAGUUUGUGUUGCAUUCGCAAUUUGCAUUAAUUUCACAAUGAAUCUGGAUGAAGACUUAGAUUACGAACCAAAUCGUUUCGAUCGGGAUGAGGUUAUCGCACUUUGCAAGGCAACUAUUGACAAUGUGCUUGGUGAAUAUAUAUUUGACUCCAAUCUGGCUCCAAACUGGAAUACUAAAAUUAAACACACAAUUUUGAAGGAAAUAAUUAAACAACAAAAGCCUUUCAAGCAUUGUAUAACUUGUUUGAUUAUGCAGAAAAAUGGUGCCGGGAUACAUGCCGCUAAUUCUGCUUAUUGGGAUGUGGAGACUGAUGACAGUAUUUCCGUACGUUGGGAGAGCGACCACAUGUACUGUAUGGUUUCUGUGUUUGCCUUUGCUGUAUGAGAUAUUCUCUCUAUAUGGGUCUAAGGAUAUAUUUUAUUAUAAAUAUAAUUCUUACUAUUACAAAUCUUUUACAAAAAUAUUAAAGUUUAAAUUUUUUAACCAUUAUUUUGGUAUUCUCUAUUAUGAUCCGUUGGACUUAAUUUGGAGAGAGUCAAACAAUAUGUCUAUGGUUUGACUGAAAUAAUUCUUUUCGACCUACAUUAUUAAUGCUUAUAUCAAAUACUAAGGAUAGGUCAUCAACGUUUCAAACUACUAUAAUUCUUUGUUUUUCGAAAAUAAAAGUUUAAAUAAAUGAAA